AUGUUCAUCGAAAACCUGCAUCUUCUGGAGUUCCGUACUGAGAGGAGCGCGUGCAGGCUGCAGCAGCGAAUCGGGGAGUCCGUGCCCGUUACGAGCCUCCUGGCGGCUAAUCCCCAUCUGGCGCAACACCGGCUUUCCGGCAAACGCGGGGGACUUAGGUUGCCGCGAGCGCAAAUAACCGCCGAAGGCAAGGACCGGGAUUCUGUCCCAAACGCCGCGGACCGAGUGCAGAAUGGAGAACUCGUCAGCCAAUGGGAUGUCCCGGAACUCGACGUUUCGUUACGAAGGAAAUUGGGAUGUGUCUAUAAAGUCUGUCUGGGAGGGUUUCAGGACCUGGACCAGGAUGAAGAGUUCUCCUCUCUAGAGGAGUCUCUGGAGGAGCUGGACCCGCUCCUGCCGGACGUCCCGCCUGCAGCCAGCCCCUUCGCCACCCGGGACGUCCUGUGGGAGCCCCCCGCCCGUCCCCCCACGCCCGGCACCCCCCCGGCCUACCUGCGGCCCUCAGGGGCGGGGCGCACCUUCAGCGUGCCCCCCCUCCAACCCGAGCCCCUCCGCCGCUCCCAGACCGGCUCCCUGGACCUCCCACUGAGCCCCGGCCGGCCCAGCAGCCCCUGGGGCCGCCUCGACCCCUACGACUCCCCAGAGGACCAGGAUAAGGAAUACGUGGGCUUCGCCACACUGCCCAACCAGGUCCACAGGAAAUCGGUGAAGAGAGGCUUCGACUUCACGCUGAUGGUGGCAGGGGAGUCCGGCCUCGGGAAGUCCACUCUGGUGAACAGCCUGUUUCUGACGGACCUCUACAGGGACCGGAAGCUGCUGAACGCAGAGGAGAGGAUUACUCAGACAGUGGAAAUCAUGAAGCACACUGUGGACAUUGAGGAGAAGGGUGUCAGACUCAGGCUCACCAUCGUGGACACACCUGGCUUCGGGGACGCCGUCAACAACACAGAGUGCUGGAGGUCGGUAGAGGACUACAUUGACCAGCAGUUUGAGCAGUACUUCAGGGAUGAGAGUGGCCUGAACCGCAAGAACAUCCAGGACAACCGCGUGCACUGCUGCCUGUACUUCAUCUCCCCCUUCGGACACGGCCUCAGGCCUCUAGAUGUGGAGUUUAUGAAGGCACUGCAUGAGAAGGUGAACAUUGUGCCUUUACUGGCUAAAGCCGACAGCCUCACACCCUGCGAGGUGCAGAGAAAGAAGAUCAAGAUCCUGCAGGAGAUGGAGCACUUCCACAUCAAGAUCUACCAGUUCCCCGAGUGUGAUUCUGACGAGGACGAGGACUUCAAACUGCAGGAUCAGGAGCUGAAGGAGAGCAUCCCCUUCGCCGUGAUUGGCAGUAACACGGUGGUGGAGAGGAUAGGGAGGCGUGUCCGAGGCCGUCUGUACCCCUGGGGCAUUGUGGAAGUGGAGAACCCGGCGCACUCGGACUUCCUGAAGCUGCGGAACAUGCUGGUGCGCACGCACAUGCAGGACCUGACGGACAUGACGCGGGACAUACAUUACGAGAACUUCAGAUCCCACUGCAUCCAGAGCAUGACCCGCCUAGUGACCAGAGAGAGGAAGCGCAGCCGGCUGACCCGGGACAGUGGGACAGACUUCCCCAUCCCCCUGAUGCCCGGAACCACCAGCAGCCAGAAGGAGAGACUUAUCUGGGAGAAAGACGAGGAGCUGCGGCGGAUGCAGGAGAUGCUGCAGAAGAUCCAGGACGAGGUGCAGAGGCAGAAGGAGGGGUACUAACUCCUGCAGUCAGAUUAAACUGCUUUACUCCCUCUUCCGUUACCGGGACAACGGCCAACACCCUUCCAAAGACCACAGCUUUGGGGCCAAUCCCCCCUGGAACAAUUUGGGGUUAAGGGCCUUGCUCAAGGGCCAAACAGCUGCACUGAUCUGAUACCUUCCGGGUCCCAGUCAUGUGCCUUAGCCACUAGGCUACAGGCUGCCCCAGUCAUGUACCUUAGCCACUAGGCUACAGGCUGCCCCAGUCAUGUACCUUAGCCACUAGGCUACAGGCUGCCCCAGUCAUGUACCUUAGCCACUAGGCUACAGGCUGCCCCAGUCAUGUACCUUAGCCACUAGGCUACAGGCUGCCCCAGUCAUGUACCUUAGCCACUAGGCUACAGGCUGCCCCAGUCAUGUACCUUAGCCACUAGGCUACAGGCUGCCCCAGUCAUGUACCUUAGCCACUAGGCUACAGGCUGCCCCAUAUUUACGCUGUGAGUCUGUCAGCAUCUGAAAUUCUGUGGGGAAAAAAACAACACAUUUCAUCAACACUGGCCCUCAAACCUGCCCUGCUUCUCUUCAGUUUUACUCUUAAUAACGCUUAAUAACUCUUAAUAACUCUUAAUAACUCUCAUGUGUCUGCAUUCCACACUGGUGUCACACUUAUUCACUGGAUUUGUUUUUCUACAAUGUCAUGUCUGAUAUUUAAACUUUUUUCUUAAAUAUACAAAUACUACUGAAGAUGUAUUUAGUACUUUGUUUGUAAUGCUGUAUAACAUUUCAGAUUUUU